AUGCCGUCUGACCAGGCAACCAGGCUUCAAGUUGCAGCCGUCGUUGCAUUCUACAUGACGUCGGCCCUCGUCGUAAGUUCCUUUUCUCCUUCGUCCUACACUUCUCACCCCAUCUCUUCCAAUCAUCAGAUGGUCUUCGUUAACAAGGCCGUUCUGAACAACACCCCAGAUCUUCCCCUGUUGUUUCUACUUCUACAGCUCAUAAUCGCUGUCCUUCUUUUGCAUGCAUCCGCCUCUCUUCAUAAGGGUAUCGAAAUACCAACUUUCGACGUACAAGUUGCAAAGAAACUCCUUCCCGUAGUCUCUGUCAAUAUUGCUGGCCUGGUUUUUAACACUCUUUGCCUGCGUGAUGUCGAUGCAUCCUUUUUUCAGAUUGCCAGAGGUCUUGUCCUACCCCUCACAAUUGCCGUGUCUUCGGCAUAUACACACAGUGCGCCGUCCCGGAACGUUAUCAUUGCCGCAGUCACUGUCACUACUGGCUUCAUGGUGGGCGUUGCCCCUUCGUCGUCCACUCCUGUAUCCGCCAUUCCAUCCACCCUCUCCUUGUUCUACGGCGUUCUGUCGUCGCUGUUCAUUGCUUUCCAUGCUGUUCUGAUCAAAAACUCCCUGCCGCAUUGCAAUAAUUCCACGAUUCAGCUUGCGUGGUGGACAAACUUUGGCUCGGCCGUAAUGAUCCUACCCUUUGUCCUCAUCCGAGGGGAAAUCUCAACUCUCUGGGCGAUGUCACAGGCUCAGGAAUGGAAUGGCACCAUCUUUGUGUGGGGUUGCCUUGUGACCGGAAUCUUUGGUUUUUUGCUCUGCGUCGCCGGGCUGCUCAGUAUCAAGGUUACAAGUCCUAUAACGCAUAUGUUCUCCAGCGCAGCACGAUCUGUUCUUCAAACCGUGCUUGGUGUCUCGAUCUUCAAAGAUGUUCUGACUGUGAACAGAGCGGCUUCGAUUUUAAUAAUUCUCGGAGGAACCAUGUAA